UCUAAAUGGCGGUAAAUGUAAAAGAAAAUAACCUACUUCUUGGACACAACGUACAAUAACUCGAUGUGCUGUACUAGACAAUGCAUACACAACGCAUUUGCAUCUUUUUACUGCCAUAAGCUAGUUAGAUAUUUUGUUAAGUUGAUGAAUAUGACCCAUGAAGUACAGUAACUUAUCUAUGCAUGUUAUCAAUUAUGUUUACAUUACAACGACUCUCAGUACCCGGUAGCAUGACUGUAUCGUUCGUGGUUUUCAGAUUGUACUACUAUAUGGACUAUGUACGGAAUGAAAUAUAGAUGACUUAUUAUAAAACAUGUAAAUGAUGUUUAUUCUGUUUAAUGGCUUUAAUCAUCUUGCUUUCCUGUACAAAAGGGAGACAAUUCUCUAUAAAUAUAAUGAAAACUCCAGUCGGUUAGACUAAAUGCCAAAAACCGUGAGAAAUUCUAAAGAACUAGUCACAUAUCACGGAAGGUCACUAAUCGUUUUAUCUCGGAUAACAUGGAAAGACAACCAGCUUCCAAACGUAGGAAAACUGAAGAUGGUUACCAAGGGGAGAUAACUGAGGAAGAUGAGUGGGAUGAUGAUGAUUUUGACCUACAGCUAACUCAAGCAGAGCUAGAGCACAUGGACACAAUAGCAUCACAGGCUAUAACACAGCCGACAGGCAUCAGUAAUCAGGCCAUGCAAGUUAAAAUGCAACCAGUGGUUCGUGCUGACCCUGAUCAAAGCCAAUCAAGCUCUGGACACCGGAAAUCUGCUAAUCCUAUAUCACUGUCGUCGGGCAGUCAUGGCUCUUUUGUUAAGCCACAGAAUCUCUCCCGCAGCAAUUCAUCAUCAUCGUCACGGAAUACGUCAUCAUCUUCUUCAUUAAGGAAUACUUCAAACUCUAUGUCUUCUUACUCUUCGUCAAGUUCCUAUCCUGUGACGCCAAAAUCAGCUAGUAGUCACCCCAGCUCAUCUAGCUUGAAAUCUGAAUCCUCUUUAGAGAUGUCUGUCGGCCAGAUGGCAAGGAGACCAAGUACGUCAGGUGCUACCCAAUCAGACUCCCAGAACCAGGAAGUUGGCACUGGAAGUGUCCGUGGGAAUGUGGACAGACACAGAAUGGAUAAUACAGACAUUAGUGUACAGUUACAAGAAAUAAAGAAAGAGUUAUCAAACAAAGAUGGAGAAAUAAAGAUACUACGAGAUACCUUACAAAAGAAAGAAGGGGAGAUAACUCAGGCCAAAAAGGAAAGAAUGCAAACAAUAGAACAGCAACGUAGAGAACAAAGUGAACGUGAGAAAAAUCUCCAAGUCAGCUUGGACCGCCAAACCACUCAGCUGCAGUUUAAAGAGAGAGAUAUUGCAGAGCUCCAUGAAAGGUGUCGGAGUCUGGAGUCGCGACAACAGCAAAAUGAGGGCAGUAACAUUGGUGGUAGUCCCAGAAAAGUUGUGGUUCUCCAACACAGUCCAACACCUAACAAAGACAGGUCUCCUGUUGGCAAUGUUAACUUUCCAACAAAACGCAGUUUUAUGGCUGAUGACCGAUCUCCUAAAGGGAAAUCACGACUGUCGACGGUUCACAAAGAAGAUAAGGAAAAGGGUACUAGAGAUAUUGGUACUUGUACUGUGGGAGAUCCCCCUACUGUGACCACCUCUGCCAUCCCCACUUCAGUCACCAGGUGCUUACGGAGGAGACUGUUUUUGUCCACAGCUGAUCACUCUAGAGGGCUGUUAACUGGAUCCCAGCUUGUGUCCAGCCUGCUGGAGACAUUUCCCUGUGGUGGAGGUGUAGACCAGGGUAUUGUAGGACUGUUACACCCACACACAGGCAGCUGUGAUCUACAACGCCUCCACUUCGACCGUGAUAGCAGUAAUAGCAUGUUGUCCCCUCUGCCAAACAGACUGAGGCCUUCUGACUCAAAAACCUCCCCCAAACAAUUGAUUUCUGUGGGAUCCUCCGAACAUCGCACGUUAGCACUCCAAGGCAUACAGACUUUAUUACACAACAAGCAAUGUGAGGAUAUUUUCUCUGACAGAGUUAACUCGACCCGCAGGGUAUUACCUUUUACCACUGGGGUGUUAAUAAGUUUAGUACAGACUAAUGCUGCCCCUAAUAAAAGUGUGACCAAAGCUCCUGAUCAGGCAGACUCAUCUGACGACAGGCGUCCCAGUGACCAGGAAAUUCCCAUUGACCAGGGUGCUGUGUUGCUGCUGCCCUUGCUGGCUGACUAUCUGGGACACUACCUGGACCUGUUGAGCUGUGCAGUAGAGGCCAGUCCUCCGAGUCCUUCAUCCUCACGUGGCGGCAGCAGCAGCCUGGACAGCUCUGUAGAAUCCCUGAGUAGUUCCUUGUCCCUCCUCCUCAGGGACUCCGCCCUCUUCGCCAACAAUCUAGAGGCUCUAGCUCUUGCUGCUCUUUCCAUCCUACACAAACUUGUGUCUUACUGUCCGAGUGUUCGGGCCAUUUUGCUGGAAUCACCAGAAUCCCUCACCCAUGAAAGUGCAAAGGAUACUGCAACAGCACAAGUAACUGAUCAGGAUGGGUCUGGAGAUAAAAGCAACACCCACGAACCUUGUGUUUCCUCCUCUGGAUCAUGUUCAAAUUCCCAAGGGUCAGACAUACACAAAUAUGUUGAAGAUGUCUACAUAUUGAGAAAAAUCUUCAGCCUAGCCAACCCAGGGCAGGAGGCACACAGAUACAGCGUCCACGUGGUAGAACGAGCCUUAGAUAUUCUAACAGUGCUAGCCACACACCUGGUGGAGGACCAGGUCCCACAAUUACUGCCAGUUCUUCAUAACAGUGUGUUAGCUAAUUGUUUAGAUUGUGAAAAUGAUCGGUCGGUGGUAGUGCGAGGAUUAACAUUGCUAACUGCACUGGUCAAGUUUAACUCCUUUGUGUCGAGCCUGUAUGUGGGGCCUGAUGGCUGUCUGCUGUGUCUUUUAUACAAUGUAUGUAGUGGGCCUAUGGAUAAGGUCUCUACAGAAUAUUGUCUGCAGGCUAGUUCACAGUUCUUCCAUUGUCUUAACAACAUCAUCAGUGUUCACAAAGGAGGUGCAGUUCUUCUUCUAAAGAGUGAUUGUCGGUGCAGUGUACAGGUAAUAAGGACAGUUGUUGUGGUACUGCGCCGUCUCCUUGUGUUGUAUGAGGAGGGAGAGAAAGAGGGAUGUGAGGGUCAGGACAAUGUGCUGGUACUACUGAGACAAGGACUGCUACUACUACACUCACUGUACCAGAGGGAUGAGCACUUUGUCGACCACCACUACCUUGUGGAACACCAGUAUGUGCGGCUCAUCAUAGGACUCACCAAUGUCUUCAAACAUCUCACUGCCAACCAUUCCCCUGAAUUAAGUGCCUUAGGAGAAUUGUGGGACUUUGAUGAAGAUUAUAAUGAAUUAUCCCAGGAAAGUGAAGGUGAUGAGGACGAUAUUCAACAGAUGGACAUAUCCUGACACUCCAUCACAUAUUACUGUGUAUGAUUGUAUCACUAUAAAAGUUGUAUCAACAAAUUGAGACAAAUCCUGACACACCAUCACAUGUCAACAAAGGGAGACAAAUCCUGACACACCAUCACAUGUCAACACACAGAGACAAAUUCUGAUGCAUUCUCACACAAUUCACCAUCAUCAGAGAGAUAAAGCCCUUCAACAGAAACAGACUUACCUGGUAUACAACACCACACGAACAAGCCCUCAAAGAGACGGAUCAAUAUCUAUAUCUGUUUCAAUCUCAUUUUCAAAUAUUUAUGUCAAGUUUUGUGCAUAUUAAAAGAGUGUUAUUUUUAUAACUGUGUAAAAGGAACAUUAAUACUGCUAAACUGCUUAUAGCAAGUGUUAAAAUAUAUAUGAAAUUGUGAGAUUUAUUUUUCUGACACUCUUAACAAAUAUGUACAAAAAAAACACUUAGUAAUCUACGUUAUAUCUAAUAAUACUUGCUUUAUUUAUUAAUCUGUAAGUCUGUGUGCUUCAGGUCUUUCUGUACAUGGAGUUAUUUUAGGAGUGAGGGUAAAUUAAAAUUCUGCAUAAAUAGGCAAAACCAUAGAUAUAUGGUCAACUGAUGUUUCAAAUUGCCUGGAUAUAUUCCACAAGGGCUUUAGCUUGAUUGAAAUAUAUUCAUUGGUGUAGUACAUGAGUGCAAUCUGAGGCAUGAGAUAAACGAUUACAAUAUUGGUUAUAUUACAUACUUACAAUUGUUUUUGACAUGAAUACUAUAUUUUCUGCAAAACACUACUCCUCAUCACCAUGUGUAAAUGUUCAAUUUGGUCGUGGAAGUCUUGAACUAAACCACCAUGGCAGACAAAAUGAUGUUGCGGGUGAAAUAAUAGACAUCACAUUUCCAUAUAAACGUAAAUUAAAUUCAGAACCAUUAUUGUUUCAUUUCAUUGAUUUGAUCAGUGGAUAACAGCUAUUGAGUUCCAGCUAGAAAAAGGCUGAUCUGGCUACUGUAGGGUAAUACAAUAUCAUGUAUGAUUACUGUGUUAAAUACAGGACCUUCAGUUGCAUGGCCUGCAAACUUGCUGUAUCACUGCAGUAAGAUUCACGUGUAUUAAAAGUGAUUCCGUUUAUACUGCAACACAUUUUUACUGCAGUAUAAUAUGUUUGUGUGAUAUGAGAGGAACUACAGAAAUUGUUAAAUUUUUGCAUCGUAAAGAUUUGAUAAUAAUUUCAAGUCUGAAUAUGUGCUGUUAAGAUUAAUUGCAUAAACUAAUCAUGAAAAUGAAUUUAA